AAACAAAUGUAGCUGCUGCUUGUAGUGGAUUUGUCUGUAUAUUAGGGCGAUGAUAAGAGCCAUUGGUAUAGGGAGGCCGGGAGAGCAGUAGCUGGGGGGCAGCCAUGCUAUAGGGAGGGACAUACAGCAAAUGCCCUCAGUGCCAUGGAAGGUGCAGAGGGGUAACCAAGAGACAGGCCAGUGGGACAGACAGACCGACAGAAGGCUGGACCCCCAGGUCAACUUUAAUUAUACUCUCCCAUGUUCUUCAUUUCAAUGGGAUACACUGGUAAUGAGAUGCUAACUCCUCCUGCUGCUCCUGGGGUCCUCAAUUACUGCAAUAAAUCAUUUACAAUCAAGCACUCGCCCCAAAGGCAAUGCCCUUUACUGAAGUGCCAUUUAUUUAUGGAGCGUGGUCCAAUAGGAGCUCCCUCCAAAUGUAGCCCGUGUCCUGACCCAAUAUCCUGAUGAUCAAUAACCGUAACCCCCUACUGGUAAGUCAGGGCAAACAGACAAGUCACCGGUUUGAGAAGAGAGAAGCCGAAUGAGUCCUGGGCACAGUGUGGCACUGCUGUGUGAGAUCAUGAAGCUUGGCACUUGUGCCAGGAGGGAAUGCAGAGGGGUGAGGAUGAUUGUGGCUGAUACAACAUCCAUUCCGAGGUCGGAUUUUGAUACUAGAGGAGCUGGUCUGGCAAUCAUAAAGGAGGGGCACCUGCAUAAGCAAACCAGUUCCUUUCAGAGAUGGAAGAGGCGCUAUUUCAAACUCAGAGGGAGAACACUGUACUAUGCCAAGACUGCCAAGUCCAUUAUAUUUGAGGAAGUUGACGUAACCGAUGCAAGUGUUGCUGAGUCCAGCACCAAGAAUCUAAAUAACAGCUUCACAGUAUUCACCCCCUUUCGGAAACUGAUCCUCAGUGCAGACAACAGAAAGGACAUGGAGGAAUGGAUGGCAGCAUUAAAGUCUGUGCAGAACCGUGAACUCUUUGAGACAGCCCAGUACAGCAUGGACCACUUCUCGGGAAUGCAUAACUGGUACGCCUGUUCACAUGCGCGACCUACUUACUGCAAUGUAUGCCGUGAAGCCCUCUCUGGGGUCACCUCUCAUGGACUCUCUUGUGAAGUGUGUAAGUUUAAAGCUCACAAACGAUGUGCUGUACGGGCCACCAAUAAUUGUAAAUGGACUACCUUGGCUUCAAUUGGUAAAGAUAUUCUAGAAGAUGAAGAUGGGGUAUCGAUGCCUCACCAGUGGCUGGAAGGUAACCUGCCUGUGAGUGCAAAGUGCACAGUAUGUGAAAAGACCUGUGGCAGCGUGCUCCGUUUACAGGAUUGGCAAUGUCUAUGGUGCAAAGCGACGGUACACUCAUCGUGUAAAGAUCUCCUUCCUAAAAAGUGCCCUCUAGGACAGUGCAAAGUGUCAGUCAUUCCUCCCACGGCUCUCAACAGCAUUGACUCGGAUGGUUUCUGGAAGGCCAGCUGCCCGCCAUCUUGUACUAGCCCUUUACUUGUGUUUGUCAAUUCAAAGAGCGGCGACAACCAAGGGGUGAAGUUCCUAAGACGUUUCAAACAACUUCUAAACCCAGCCCAAGUUUUUGACCUCAUGAAUGGAGGGCCACACCUUGGUUUACGAUUAUUUCAGAAGUUUGACACAUUCAGAAUCCUGGUAUGCGGUGGUGAUGGGAGUGUUGGCUGGGUUCUCUCUGAAAUAGACACUCUUAAUCUUCACAAACAGUGCCAACUUGGAGUCCUGCCUCUGGGAACCGGGAAUGACCUUGCUCGCGUGCUUGGUUGGGGUUCUGCUUGUGAUGAUGACACUCAGCUCCCACAAAUCCUAGAGAAGCUUGAGAGAGCAGGCACUAAGAUGCUUGAUAGAUGGAGUAUCAUGGUGUAUGAAACUAAAUUACCAGCUCAGUCCCCAGAUUCCUCUACAGCCCCAGAGAACAAUGACGAUUGUGAGGUUCAACAAAUCCUGUUUUAUGAAGACUCUGUGGCAGCUCAUUUAUCUCAGAUCCUCAGUUCAGACCAACACUCCGUGGUUAUCUCAUCAGCCAAGGUCCUCUGCGAAACUGUGAAAGACUUUGUUGCUCGAGUUGGAAAAGCUUAUGAGAGAAUGACAGAGAGCUGUGAAGAAUCUGAGGCGAUGGCAGGAAAGUGUUCACUUCUGAGGGAAAAAUUGGAUUCACUUCUGAAGACCCUGAAUGAGGAAUCGCAGGCUAGCUCAGUCAUGUCUCAGCCCCCUCCUACCAUUAAUGAGGAAGGGGAGGAAAAAGAAUCCGGUUCACCAAAUAUGCCUCCAUCACCAGGCCGCACACAGAGUUUUCGGCCUCGCGAACAGCUAAUGCUUAGAGCCAAUAGCUUGAAGAAAGCCAUCCGACAGAUAAUUGAGCAGGCAGAGAAAGCUGUGGAUGAACAGAAUGCUCAGAAUGCGCAUACUGAAGAUUUCCUACUGUCAUUUUCCUCUGAUUCUGCAAAAGAGAAGAAUUCAUCAAGUUCCUCACAAUUGCAAAGUGUAAAUGCACUUCCCAGGAUAAGGAGCUCAAACAGAGUUGCCAAGCCUGAGCAAAUGAGCAACAAAACCAGCCUGACUGCAGGAGCGUCUGCAUCCCUCCCAGCCCCCUCCUCACACCGAGACAAUUUACCAGUGCUGAACUCCAAAAUUCUCUACUCAAAUAUGAGAGCUGGGAUGUCGGGGUCUUUGCCUGGGAACUCUGUCAUUAGCCGUCUGUUAAUUAGCGCUGAUCCCUUCAGUUCAGAACCAGACAAUCUGGACUGUUACACAGAAAAGUGUGUGAUGAACAAUUACUUUGGGAUUGGACUGGAUGCAAAAAUCUCCUUGGAUUUUAACAACAAGCGAGACGAGCACCCAAAGAAGUGCAGGAGCCGCACAAAGAACAUGAUGUGGUAUGGCGUGCUAGGAACAAAGGAACUUCUCCAAAGAACGUACAAGAACCUGGAACAAAGAGUUCUACUAGAGUGUGAUGGGGUUUCUAUUCCCCUGCCCAGCCUCCAAGGCAUCGCUGUGCUGAACAUUCCAAGUUACGCGGGGGGGACUAACUUCUGGGGCGGCAGCAAGGAAAAUGAUACUUUUGCUGCUCCAUCUUUUGAUGAUAAAAUUCUGGAAGUGGUUGCUGUAUUCGGCAGUAUGCAGAUGGCUGUGUCCAGAGUCAUCAAACUUCAGCAUCACAGAAUUGCACAGUGUCGCACGGUGAAGAUUACAGUGCUGGGAGAUGAGGGGGUUCCUGUGCAAGUGGAUGGAGAAGCCUGGAUUCAGCCCCCGGGGUUUAUCCGCAUAGUACAUAAGAACAGAACGCAGACGCUCACAAGAGACAGGGCCUUUGAAAGCACAUUAAAGUCCUGGGAGGACAAGCAGAAAUGUGACGUUCCUCGCCCACCUGUGUCUCCCACAGCUUUGCAACCUGAGGAGCUCUCUGAGGAUGAGACUGCCCAAGUAUCACAGUUUGGCCAUUCGGCCAGUGCACUCAUACAGAGCAUUAAGGAGAUAGCUGUUACCCACCAGAGCAUGGAGCAGGAGCUAGCACAUGCUGUCAACGCCAGCUCAAAAUCUAUGGAAAAGGUGUAUAAGAACUCUGAGAGCCUGAGCUGUAGUAAUUUUAUGGAGAUGGUUACAAAUGUACGAGCACUUCUUAAUGAAACAGAACUCCUCCUUGCAGGGAAGAUGGCAUUGCUGCUGGAUCCCCCACAGAAGGAGCAACUAAUGACAUCCCUUAGCAACACAGAGCAGGAGCUGAGGAAACUGGGUGAUAUCCCUCGACUGUGGCAGACUAAUGAAGAAGAGGGUGCCCUUGACUUUUCCAAAUUAAGACGCAGCAGCCGCUUUCGACUGGUAAACAAGUUUAAAAAGGAGAAGAAUUCAAGGAACAAGGAGACUCGAAGUAGCACAGGACCUCCAGGUCUUUUUCUGACAGCUCAUCUUUGGGGGACUGAGGAGGUGUCUCUGUGGCUGGAGCGGCUCAGCUUGUCUGAGUAUAAGGAGGUCUUUAUUCGCCAUGACAUCCGAGGGUGUGAGCUCCUACAUCUGGAGCGUCGAGACCUCAAGGAACUGGGUGUGACGAAAGUGGGCCACAUGAAGAGAAUCCUUCACGGCAUCCGGGAGCUGAGCCCGCCUCCCAUCAAUGCGGAUUAGGAUCUGUCUUCACUUCAUGUAUCACCCAAUCUGGGUGACUUGCCACAAACAACCACUACCACUGUUUUGAUUCUUGUGCAGCAGAGAUUCAGCAGUUGCGAUUAUUUAAUAAACCCUUCUAUUGCAGCCAAUAAGGAGGUGUCCACUAGCGUGACUAUGUGGUUGCACCAGUUUGAGCCUUGGGAAUUUUUGCAGCCAAUCAAAGGAGAUGUAUGCACGUGAAAUGUAUACAGCAAGGUGCUCCCUUUUUCACUUUUUUGUGUUUUAAAAGUAAUUAUUGGCAUUGUUCUUUGGCAUAAUAAUGGAUCGUGCUGUACAAGUCCAUUUGUCAUGAGCCGAGAGUAUAUAUAUAAAUAAUAUAGUUAGUGUCAAACUGAUAGAUGUCAGCAUUAGAUUAUGUGUGCUACCUCAUGUUCCUUGUGGCAGAGACAACCUGCUGCCAUGGUAGGAAUAGCGCCAAAUGCAUUAACAGGUCAUGUUCGCUAAAAAUUCCGCUUAUAGACUUGAAUUCCUCAGAUUGCACAUUUCUUCUGGUGUAGUGGCUCAUCAUUUCCAAGCAUCUACCACCUUUCUCUCCCUGAAAUCCAUUCCAUUAACCCCAGUUUAGUUUUUACUGUCCCCAAAAUUUUGAUUUUAAAAACCAGAUGUAGUACUUCUCCAGACAUUCAGCACACUGGCUGACCCAAACUAGUGUCCGGCGCUGUUUCAUAGGUGUGACAGACAGAGGGUAUCCUGGAAAAAUGAGGGAAAAUCUUGUGCUUUAACGGCUGUGUUGGACUUUAAUAAGCGCCGGCCGUAAGGUGAAAACAUUGCACAUCCAGCUUUGGUAUUUGAACAAAUCAUUGUUUACAUUUCUGUGGUACAUUUCUAAAGCAGGAACCGAGCUCUGGCCAAAAUGAUUAACCCCUGAGCUACCAUACUGGGGCACCAAUUUGUUGCAGCCUUGGAGUUAAACAAUGUGUAGGCAUUUCCUGAAGCAGUUUCUGGAUUGUGGUAUGGGGCCCAUGUCUAUUUCAUCUGUUCGUUGGGCUCCCAUUUUUUACCCGCUUUGAACCUGGGCAGGUCCCUUUCUCCCUGUUUCUUUGUCUGCAAUUCGUGGAUAACAUGUCUGUUCCCUCGGACUCUCCCCAACUCCCCAUAUGUGUGUAUUUAUUGUCCUGUGCCUUAAUACAGUCACUUUCCCCCUUUUAAAACUGAUGAUAAUGCUUGUAAAUAGCAGUGUUGUAAAUUGCCAACAGUAAAUGAUGUAUUAAUAGUGUUA